CGCCCUCAAAACACGCCCUCCCGUGUAUAAUGAGCGCGGUACACAACUUUUAUUAAUCAGAAAGUUGUCUCACUGUCACCCUUAGAAGAACCCACCUCUUUUACCGGAAACAACAGAGCAUUGUUAAUACAUCAAAGCUUAAGAAGGAUAAUGCUGGGGGUGCAAGUGUGGCUUUUCGUCGGUUUGAGCGCUUUAGUGCGUUGCCAGAGCAUAAUAGAGGCCGGCUUGGAGCCGCUGGACGCCUCCGGAACCAUCGAAUGCCACCGGAGGAUGUACACGUACCGAGUGACACAAACGGACGACAACGGCAAACAAUGUUGGGACACUCUUUCCGUUAUGGCCUGUUGGGGGCGAUGCGACUCGAAUGAGAUAUCAGAUUGGAGAUUCCCGUACAAAAAAUCGAAUCAUCCCGUGUGCGUGCAUUACGGCCGUAAUCGCUCAGUCGUAACACUGCGCCAUUGCGAAGAAGGCGCUAAUCCUUCGGCUGCCAGAUACGAGUAUUUGGAAGCUGCAGGAUGUAAAUGCCAGCAGUGCUCUUCCUCAGACACCAGUUGUGAAGGUUUAAGAUAUAGACCGCAACGUUCUCAUCCGGCUUCGCUUGGUUUCAGAAUUAAUUAACUUCAAAACGCUGUAAUUAAUAUACAAGACGUCGAAAAAAACGCGAAUUUACGACUUGUGUUUCAAUUCCCUACAACAUACAAUUAUUGUUCGUAAUUUUUUUAGUUCGUUUCAAUGACUGGAUUGGCUGGGUCCAGGUUUAAUUGUUUGACUGCUUGUAUAUUAACACAUAGGUAGACACAAUGAAUAAAUUACGAUGAGUCUCUAUUUUUGUAAUGAGUUACAUGAGAAUACUAUUUAUUUAUUUAUCGCAAAUCUGUCUAUAUGUACAUUUCUCAGUGUUCAGACUUAGUCAGUAUUAUAUUGUAAGUAAACGCUGUGUAACUAUUUAAGUUUGAAUCAAUAAAUCAUUUGAAGUACUCUCGAGCAUUAA